UGAUCAACAUCCGACCAGAAAGAAGACGUCGAAAAUAUUUUAGUGCGCGUGCGUGCACCUGUAACUUAGGUACUAAAGAUAUGACGGUUUAAGUUCAAGUGGGUUUUUUUUUAUCAGUUACACGAGAGGAAAAAAAAUGGUUCAAAUGCCAGCCCCGUGUCGUUUCUUGUUGCAUGCACUUCUCCUUGCGUGCAUCUGCCCUGUUGCGACCGCGCAACUCCGCAUAGUGGACGUGGAGGCGGACAUCCGAGACCUCGACGUCGGCGACCUCGAUGACGUCGGCGCUGACUUGCCCAGCAAUGUGCGGGAUCAGAUAUUGCAGAUGAAGCAGCAACACGAGAUGUUUACGUCUGCGGCCAGCGCAGGAGGUAGUGCAAAACACGUCGAUCCCUCAGACUUAGUCCAAACUAUCGGUGGAGGGCAAACGAUCAUGUCCUUCGCAGUUCUGAAAAUGGACUAUGCCGAAAAACAAGACCGCAAUGCAAGAGGCUCUCACGACUUGGCAAAUCAGUGGCAAGCAUUGUUGGAGACAGGUAGUUGAAAAACGAACGAUCACUAUUUAAUUGUGGUUAGUAUAAUCGUGGAGAACUUAUGCUCAGGUACGGGAACGAUUAGUAUCUCUAGUGGAUAAUUUAUGAUUUCCUCAGAUCAUCUUUUCUGUUUCAGUUUUUCGUCCAAAUCAAAGUUAUAGAUCAGUAGUUAGUUUCACAAUAAUUGAACUUUUUCUUUUCUGAUGCUUGCCAUAGUUAUUCUCUCGUCUCCCUCACCAAAACAAGAUUGUCUUAUAAAUAUCUUCUACAAUGAAUCGCAGGUGGUACUGAGGCCAAGUUCUAUGCAGUGGACCCAGAUCGGAUCUUGAUUGUGACCAAAAGUAACUUGGCAUUGCAAACGGUGAAGGAUUUCGUUCUCGGGUAUACAGAGUUGGUGGAUUUUUUCGAAAGCAAUCAACAAAAGUUCUAUCCUGCGGGUCGCACAAGAGAACUUGUAAGCGACGACUACAGGCGGCGCCGCGGAGAUGCGUUAGGCUGGAGUCAGAGGUAUAUGCCCGAAACUGAGCGACAGCCGCGUGUUACGAAGCCCGCAGAUGCAAGUGUCGAGGGCGAGUCAAAAGCAGCUGAUACGAGCACUGGGAGAAGCAGUGGACAAGAAACUAGAAAUACUAGGAAUAGAAUAAAUUCAAAAGACAAAUCCUUUACUUCAACAGGGGCACAGAAAAGCAGUAAGACAAAAAAGAGGAAAAGCACAAAAACGGAACUUUGAGUAAUAUAUCUUCUUGCUUUCGACAGUUCUACCUUUCCCAAACCAAUUCUUGUCAUGGAGAAAGUAAGAAAAAAGUCUAUCGCUACGGAGCUCUUGUUUGACUAGGGCGAUCUUCAGUCUAGCUGUUUGUUCUUUUCAAUUGCAAGGGGAUUUUGUUGUUUGUUCAACG